ACUAAGAAACCAUCACUUGCUCUUGAACUCCCCACUUGGAGGAGUUAGAAGAGUGAGCAAAGAUGGUGGCCUCGUCUCUGAAGAAUGGUGCCACAAAGAUAGCUCCACAUGCUGCUAUGAUCCUUGUUCAGCUAAUAGCUGCAAGUUAUAUCGUCUUAAGCAAGGUUAUUUUGGUAGAUGGAAUAAGCUCCAGUGUAUAUCUUGUCUAUCAAUUCAUAUUAGCCACCAUUUUCAUGGCAGUCUUGGCAUUUUUCCUUGAAAGAAGGACUAGACCUCCCCUUACAAAAUCAAUUGCAAUGUGGAUUUUUUUACUUGCUUUUGUGGGGAUAACAAUUCCACAAAACCUUGUAGUGGGAUGCUUAUACUUCAUAUCGAGCACAAUAGAAGCUUCAGUUUUCAACUUGGUACCUGUGUUCACAUACAUUUUGUCUGUAAUCUCAAGGCAAGAAGCACUUGAACUAAACACAUGGUGGGGUAGAGGCAAGAUAUUUGGAACCCUUUUAUCUGUUUCUGGGGCCCUCACCCUCAUGCUAUGGCGUGGAUCAUCUGUUUCUCUUCUCACUUCAACUUUGGGUGAUUGGUUGCUUGGCCUCUUUAUGGUUCUUUUUGGCAUCCUUUCCUACAGUGCAUGGAUUUUGAUGUUGAGGCCCAUGAUGGAAAUAUAUCCAGCUGAGUUCUCGUUGACUGCAAUCAUGUUCUUCUUUGGAACAUUACAAACAAGUGUAGUGGCUGCAAUUUUAAGCCGUGAAGCAUCAGAUUGGAAGCUGAAAUGGGAUUUAGAGCUCUUAAGCAUAGUCUUUGGUGGAGUUUUAAACAGCGGGCUGGCUUACCUCUUAUUAACAUGGGGAGCGUCUAUCAAGGGACCAAUUUUUGUUGCUGCAUUUACACCGCUAACCUUCGUUUUCGCAGCCAUCAUGGAGACAACUUUGGGCUCCACUUUGUACCUUGGAAGUAUUGUUGGAUCAAUCGUGAUAGUUCUGGGGCUCUACAUAUAUUUAUGGUCAAAAUCAAAAGAAGAAGCGCAUAGCUCUAUGGAAGGGGACGACUGUAUUACAUCUUCUCUUCUUCCAUAAUUUGCAGAAUUAGAGGAAAUACUUCAUACCAAGUAAACUUAUGGCAGAAUUUAAGGGAAUCAUUCGAUCAAAGGUUUUUUUUAGUAAAUAUUUAAUUAAAGGUAUAAGCACCUCAUAAUCCCAAAUGUAUCGCCCAUAUAUCCUUUAAUGGACCAAAGAUAUUUUCC